AUGGCCGCUAACAAUGAUUUCAUCAAGGAUAUAACUAUAUCAAAGAUGCAAUGGAAGUUGAAAGUUCGCGUUGUCCGUAUGUGGGAAAAACCGGAUCGUUUUAAUCCUGGCUCUAUAUUCUCCAUUGAAUUGGUUCUACAAGAUGAAAAGGGCGAUCAUAUACAUGCUUCUAUUGGCAAGUCUGUUUUGCAUAUUUUCAACAAAAAAAUUAAUGAGCUUGGAUUAUAUCUUAUGGCGAACUUUAUCGUCUGCCAAAACAAGGAGAGGUUCAACACCACAAAACAUAGAUUGAUGCUGACGUUUACUCAACGGACAACAGUGGCUGAAACAAUUGAUCCACUUUUUCCAAUGAAUAUCUUUGAGCUACGACCAUAUCAUCAAUUGAUAAAUAAAGGUGAUGUCAACGAGAGUGAAUUAUUUGAUGUUAUCGGAGAAAUUGUCAAUUUUAGUGAG